AACUCCCCUCCUAAACACAUUUAUAGUAAACUAUAUUGCUCAGAUUAUUGGUUGGAAGCCUACAAAGAAGUACAAAGCUUUCCAACACAAGACAGUACUGAAAACUUUGUACUUCCUCUUAUUCUCUAUUUAGACUCAAUACAUCUUACAAAUUUCAGUUCUGUAUUACUUUAG